AUGGACAUCACAGCGCUUCUCGGAGGCCGCGGUGGGGAUGAUGCCGCCAUCCAGAUCAAGUACGAAUGCAUGCAGCACCUCCUUGACACUAUCCACGGUCCUGCCUUUGCAUUCGAAGACGACAACGUUCCCAUGUACAUGCGUAUCGUCACUGGCAACAUCCUGCGCACACUCCCUUUGCCGCCGUCGUCGUACGAUCCCGACGAAGACCCACCAUCGUACCAUCCCCAUUGGGAUUUCCUAGAGACGGUGUAUACGUUGCUCGUUCAUCUAGUAGAGGCGCCGAUUCCUCCGCGUGUGAUCAAGCAGCACAUCACGCCGUCGUUCGUCUCGGAGCUGCUGAUUAUGAUCCAGAGCCAAGACCCUCGCGAACGCGUCAUGGUUGCCACUGUAUUGCACAAGAUCUACGCGAAAUUCAAGAGUUUGCGGCUGCAUAUUCGCCAGGAAUUCGUCCACGCGUUCGCGCAAUAUGCAGAGUAUGGCCACGCGGGAUACCCGUACGGCAUGUCCGAGCUGCUUGAAGUGGUCAGCAGCCUUAUUCGCGGAUUUGCGACGCCCCUCCAGCCCGAUCACGUUCAACUGCUGACAAAGACGCUGCUGCCUCUGCUGAAGCACUCGUUCGUUCAUUACCACCAGCCGCUCUUGCUGUGCAUAACGGACUUUAUCGGCAAGGACUCGGCGCUCGCAUCCACGACGGUCGAGUACCUCGUUGUGCACUGGCCCAAGCAAAGCACAGCCAAGCAGAUCUUGUUUCUGAACGCGCUGGAAGAAGUCCUCGAAUGCAGUCCAGUCGAUUGCCUGAACGACUCGACCAAGGCCAAGGUGACGAGUGUGCUGGCCAAGUGCGUCGCGAGCGUCCACUUUCAAGUGGCCGAGCGCACGCUGUUUCUCUGGAAUUCGGCGCAGCUCGUCAAUCACUCGAUUUUUAAUCCGCAACACACCAAACAAGUGCUCCCGAUUUUAUUUCCGUCGCUCAUGGUCGCAUUCAAAACGCACUGGAACGUGACGGUGCGCAUGCUGGCUCACAGCGUGCUCGAGAUGUACACCAAGCACGACAAUAGCACGUACCAAACCUGCCUCACAAACUACAAGCAGGCGCGACCUGCGUGA